CGCGCCCCCUCCCGGCCGCCAUGUUGGCUGGUGUGUGGGUGUCAAACGGAGCUAGACGCGGCGGCGGCUCCGCGGUCUCCGGUCGCUCCCGCCUCCCCAGCGCUACUGGCGGCCGCAGCCGCGCACCCGCGCCGGCCCGGAGGAGCGGAGGUCAUGGCUUCCGGCUUCCUGGACCUGAGGCUCCCACGGAGGAAAUGACUGUCAGGGAUCUUGCUCCAGAUGUGUUAGAGACUGAACUUUGCAUGGUGUGAUCUUGCCCAGGACAGGAAAUUUUCUCUCUUUGAAGGGCUUUACAUUUGUAACAAAGAAAAUUAAAGAUGACGACCUCGUCUAUCAGACGCCAGAUGAAAAACAUUGUGAACAAUUACUCAGAAGCUGAAAUAAAAGUCCGAGAAGCCACUUCCAAUGACCCAUGGGGCCCUUCCAGCUCUCUGAUGACUGAGAUCGCUGACCUGACCUACAAUGUGGUGGCCUUCUCAGAGAUCAUGAGCAUGGUGUGGAAGCGGCUCAAUGACCAUGGCAAGAACUGGCGGCAUGUGUACAAGGCGCUGACGCUGCUGGACUACCUCAUCAAGACCGGCUCCGAGCGCGUGGCCCAGCAGUGCCGCGAGAACAUCUUCGCCAUCCAGACCCUGAAGGACUUCCAGUAUAUCGACCGUGAUGGCAAGGACCAGGGCAUCAACGUGCGUGAGAAGUCAAAGCAGCUGGUGGCCCUCCUCAAGGAUGAGGAGCGUCUGAAGGCUGAGAGGGCCCAGGCUCUCAAAACCAAAGAGCGCAUGGCCCAGGUCGCCACCGGCAUGGGCAGCAACCAGAUCACCUUCGGCCGUGGCUCCAGCCAGCCCAACCUCUCCACCAGCUACUCGGAGCAGGAGUAUGGCAAGGCUGGGGGCUCGCCGGCCUCCUACCAUGGCUCACCCGAGGCCUCACUGUGCCCCCAGCACCGCACAGCAGCCCCGCUGGGUCAGAGUGAGGAGCUGCAGCCACUGAGCCAGCGCCACCCCUUCCUGCCGCACCUGGGGCUGGCCUCCCGCCCAAAUGGCGACUGGUCCCAGCCCUGCCUCACUUGUGACCGCGCAGCCCGAGCCACUUCUCCACGGGUGUCCUCCGAGCUGGAGCAGGCCAGGCCCCAGACCAGCGGCGAGGAGGAACUGCAGCUGCAGCUGGCGCUCGCCAUGAGCAGAGAGGUGGCUGAGCAGGAAGAACGCCUCAGGCGGGGUGAUGACCUCAGAUUACAGAUGGCCCUAGAAGAAAGCCGAAGAGACACAGUUAAAGUUCCAAAAAAGAAAGAGCACGGCUCCCACCCACAACAGACCACGCUAUUGGAUCUAAUGGAUGCCCUUCCCAGCUCAGGCCCUGCUGCCCCGAAAGCAGAGCCCUGGGGCCCAUCAGCUUCAGCUAAACAGCCCAACCCCUGGGGCGGGCCAGUGGCCCCAGCCAGCACAUCGGACCCCUGGCCAUCAUACGAUCCUAAAGGGGAGCAGGGCCCAUGGGAGAUAACUGGAGGUGUCAGAAGAGGCUCUCAAACAAUUUCAGGGUGGAGCUGCAUAGCCGUGGGGCGCUCUGAGUGGAAGCCUUGCCUCAGAGCCCCAGAUGGUGCCAAGCCAGCUGCCUCUGUCGACCCGUGGGGAGUGCCCACUGGGACCAGCACACACUCCAUCGCCAAGAGCUCAGACCCCUGGGCAGCCCCGCAGCAGCCUGCCUCCAGUGCUGGGAAAACAGCCGACGCCUGGGCUGCAGCCUCCACUGCCAAGCCUGUGUCCACCUCUGGGGCCUUUGAUCUCUUCAGUAAUUUGAAUGGUACAAUUAAAGAUGACUUUUCUGAAUUCGACAACCUCCGAACUUCAAAAAAAACAGCCGAGGCGGUGGCCUCUCCGCCAUCCCAAAACAAUGGAACUGCAAGCCCUGACCCCUUUGAGUCUCAGCCCCUGACCGUCGCCUCGAGCAAGCCCAGCAGCACCCGGAAAACACCCGAGUCCUUCCUGGGCCCCAACGCAGCCCUGGUGAACCUGGACUCACUGGUGACCAGGCCAGCCGUGCCAGCCCAGUCCCUCAACCCUUUCCUGGCACCAGGUGCGGCUGCAGCUUCGGCCCCUGUCAACCCCUUCCAGGUGAACCAGCCCCAGCCACCAACGCUGAACCAGCUGCGGGGGAGCCCAGUCCUGGGGUCCAGCACGUCCUUCGGGCCUGGCCCAGGUGUGGAGCCCAUGGCUAUGGCCUCUGUGACCUCCACGGCCUCACACCCAGCUCUGGGAGCCAGCAGCUCCUCCCUGACGCCACUGGGCCCCACCACAAUGAACAUGGUGGGCAGUGUGGGCAUCCCCCCGUCGGCAGCUCAGGCCAGUGGCACAACCAACCCUUUCCUUCUCUAGUGCCCGGGCCUGGGACCUGCCGCAGAGCGAGUGCCCAGAACAUCUCUGCCCGAGGGUGCUGAGCAGGGACUGUCCUUUGUGGAAUGGUAUCUCAGAGUUGGGGCGGCUAUGAGGGAUCUCCAGUUCUGGCCCCCUGAUAAGGGGUUGUCUUUACAGCCCCGACCCUCGGACUCAGUGGCGGCAGGUUUGCUGAGACAUCGGACACAGCACGCAGGUCUCCAAGCCUUCCGAGGCGGCCUGCUCACCUGUCCCCCGUCUGCAGCCUGCAGCAUACGGGAGGGUCCCUGCCCCAGCCCGGCCACCCUCACUGCUGCCUCCCAUGUACGGGGUCCGGGGUCCUGGCUCCUGUGCAGAUCAGCUGGCGCUCUGGGGCCCUGGACAAGGAGGCGGGAGUCCUCAGUGUUGCCCUUGCCCCCAGCCUCAGCCUGAGGGUCUCUGAGCCACUGCCUCCACCCAGGACUUGGGAUGGCCACCUUGUCUUUGCCCCCCAGCCCUAGCAACACCCCAGGCAGUCCCAGGUGUGGACAGAAUGAAGUGCCGGCUCCGUUAGACACUGACCUUUUGGGGAAGUGGUUGUGUAUAUUUUACUUUUCUUUGACUCGUGUGUGAGUUCAAAGUAAACACUCAGCUGUGGAGCGACUCGAACUAAGUCCACUAGAGCAAGCUUUAAACUCACCCGAGCGUAACCCUGCCACGCGGCUCUAUGCUGGCAUCCGUUUGCACAGUUUCAUAUUUGAGUUUGCAGAAUUAUCUAAUAGUCUUUUUUUGGCUAAUAUUUUUAUAAGGUGGUUCUUAUUUAACUGUCUAGUUUUGAUAGAAUUUACCAGGUCUGGCUGAAUUAAGAUAUGGGCACAUGUCAUGUUAGUGGUUUAAAUCCUCUUAUUUAUGGUUUUAACUCUGUAAGAAAAUUUAAAUAGGAAGAGACAAAAAAAUGCCUUAUGGAAAAACUAAAGCAAAUUCUUUAUAGGGAAAAAUAUGGGAAUUUGAUUACACAUAAAAGAUGAUGUUUAUUUAGAAAGAAGACAACAACAGCAACAAAAAAUCCUAGCCUCCAGUUGCCUUUUCCUUUCUUUAACUCCCCCUCUUGGUAAAUUACCAAACGGAUUGACUUUCAGCCUUUUGGGCUAGAUCCUAAGAGAGAGGCUCUUCUUACCGAGAUACCAACAUCAAGAAAGUUAAAGAAAACAAUGUAACGUAUGAAUGUGACUCACCAGUUUGUAUCAGUGAGUUCCUUUUUGUAACUGAAGGCGUGCACGGAUUGAUGAGGACUUCGUUCACAAGGAAAGCUGAGUGGAAGAGACGCCUUGAACCUGUGUCUCUCUGAUCUCCUGUCUCACUCCACGCUCAGGGUACAGAUGGGGACGGUGAGGAGACAGCAGUUGUCUGGGGGGCAGCGGCACUUCUGGGCCCUUGGCUUCCUGGGGGAUGGCCCCGGGGCUGGGACGAGGUGAGGGACCAGGGCUGGCCCUGAUCCACCCACCUGCUACUCCAGUCACACGUUGUAGACUUAAAAAUAAUCAUCUCUUAUUUUGGAGAGGAAGAAAAAAAAUCAUUCUCACACAAUGACUUAACAAAUAUGCACUAAUAUUACCACCCUCUCCCCACCCGACCCACCACUGUCCAGCAAGUGUUAGGUCACAAAUCAGAGACGGAAACAACUUGCUUCUCCCCAGGGAACGUACCUCCCCCGAGUCCUGUGUCCGGCCCGCUCGCCUGGCAGGCGUUCCAGUCUCACUUUCCACCGUGGACUUCUAAAUUCAACUCCAAGGGCAGCUGACCACCUGGUGGUCCCUCCGAGGGGGACGGGGCCCCUUCACCCCUCUCUCUGGUUCCAGAGAAGAUGGACCCUCAGCCCUGGGUGCGGGAGAGGUGUAAAACGCCAGGAGGCGCAGGCUGAUCACAGCUGCCCGCUCAGGCCCUCUCCUGCUGCCUUUGGGAAAGAGCUCACCCGUGCUGCCCCGGAGGCUGCCAGUGGCUCCAGGAGCCACCUGCCCAGAGCUCCUGCCCAGCCGUGCCUCUGCCAGAGCCGGAGAUGUGGGGCUGGACCGUGCGCUCUGAAGUCAUUCACGGCCUGGCCUCUUCCGGCCUGGGGGAGGGUGGAGCAGGGUGGGACUCGGGGCAGGAUGCUGCCCCAGGGAGGUGCUUUCACUCAGAUGGUGCACCCCGACCACCUCACAGUCAGCAGACCACUCGUCUCCGUGGGGCAGUGAUUCUUUUGUAACAGUCAGGCUCCUCCUGAUGUGACUCUGAGGCCCCAACAUUACAGCCACUGAGCCACCAAGGCCCAAGAAGACUCCUACCCCACCUACUGGCACAGGCCCCUCCCCAGGCGCCUUGACCCUGUUGCCCGCUGCACUGAUCGUGAAGCCACCGGCCGCUGCCAUGCAUGUUGUACACAUGCCAUCGAGCUCCCUCCUCAAGGGCACCGUGGUAGCGGGGGUCACCCAGCUGUUUUCUCAGUCCCAGGGGCCGGUGGCUGGUUUUGAACUUGUGUUGACUAUUGAUACUUAUUUACUGUAUAAAUAUAAUUUAUCAUUUGUAUCAUGA